AUGCUCGUCGGGGGCGAGUACUUGUUUCUCCCCGCGGCCUGGCCACACAUUGGCUGGCUCACCAAGCUGACGGCCCUCGUCGCCGUUGCCCUGCCGUACACAUUCUUGUACCUCGCCUGCUGCCGCGAUCCUGGUUUCAUCACGCCCGAGACGCAUGCCUACUACAUGUCGCUGUACCCCUACGACCACGCGCUCUUCCAUCCGGGCCGCUACUGUGCGACGUGCAAGCUCCUCAAGCCUGCGCGCUCCAAACACUGCAGCAUCUGCAAGCGCUGCGUCGCAAAGGCUGACCACCACUGCGUCUUCAUCAAUCUCUGCGUUGGCUACGAAAACCACCGCUGGUUCCUGUUGCUACUCCUCUCCACCGCCGUUCUCACCUCGUACGGCGGUCUCCUCGGCCUCUCCCUCCUCUCGCGAGUCGUCAGAAACAGGUACCCGGACUGGUCCGUGUGGCCGCGGGCGGGCUACGGCCUGAACAACUAUCUCGUUGCCUGGAGCUGGGCUAUGCAGCGCGACGUGAGCCUCGGCGCCACGACGCUCCUUGCCGCGCUCACGUCGCCGCUGGUGUGGGCCCUGCUCUUCUACACGCUCUACCACGUCUACUGCGGCACCACCACCAACGAGUCGCUCAAAUGGUCCGAGAUGGGCGACGACAUGGCGGACGGGUAUGCAUUCACACGCCCCAUAAGACGCGGUCGUGAGCGCGACUUCAGCAUCGAGCCCUCCUGUUCCCGCUGGCCUGUCGAGCCCGAGAUGGCAGUCAUCGCUACGGCCGAUGGGCAGCCUCCCGUGGUCCGCCAAGGGAUGCCGCCUCUUGCUGGAGAGGGAGACUGGCAGCGGGUAUGGAAGCUGAAAAAUGUGGAAAAUAUGUAUGACUUGGGGUUUAGGGACAAUUUGGCAGAUAUUUUCGUUCGAGAGUAUGCGUUUGGGAAAAUUCGCGAAGAGUUGCCUUUCGGAAGCAAAAUCCACGAAGAGUUCCUUCUCAAGAGCAAUCAUCAAAAAUAG